AUGAAGGCAACGAAUGGUUUCAUCUACGAUGGCGUGAUGUUCCUGUUGCUGGUAUAUGGAGCCAACGUAUUCAUAAAUCCUGUGGCAGGGUCAUCUUUAACGGUCUGCGAAGGAGGUCAGACAUGUCUUCCGCCCAAGGAGUGUUGUACACAGGGGUGCUGUUAUUUGUAUGUGCCACCAGGAGCACCAAGAGUCCCUGUUGCAACUGCGGACAACAUCCUUAACAUAUUUUUCUUGAACCACUGGUACUUUUGGUGCUUCAUACUAGCCAUUGCUCUGGCGCUGCUCUGUGCCUGUUCGCUGUGGAAGAGGCGAAGGCAACUAUGCGGAUGGGGCACUUCUGGUCGUCAUUCUCAAUCCGAAGGCGAUUCGGCUGGUUCCUGUUACGCGCCACCACAAUACAGCCGUUGCAAUUCUUUGCACAUUCACGCUCCCCCUCCAUACACAGAGGUAGCAUCUAAACCAGACCUAUAUCCGCUUGUGUUUAGCUACGCCGACACUGGAAAAGGCAACGGAGCGAACUAUUUAAUGGUUCAAUAUUUUCGAAACUACAUUGUGCAACCGGUGGAGUCCAUUUCAGGUACUAGUACUGUGGAUUCACUGAGUUCUAGUUUUAUCUGCACAGCCAACGAAGCCAACACGCUAGUGCCUCCACCGUACUCGCGGGCAGCCAGUCCCGAUCAGUCGAUCUCUAUACGCAACGGCCCGAUGCCACGUUCCGCAUCACAGCAGGUCUACGCGGCACACGAAAGUUCCGGCAGCAGCCACCUGCCACUCGUUCGAACAAAUUGCCAGCGUUUUGGUGAAACGAUGUUCGAGAAGCAACGUACGUUAUCCGGGGAUCGUACAGGUACAGUCCAAGUCAACAGUAGCUCGAGCUGCAACAACGUGUCACACAUGGAGCCUAACAUACAUAGAGCCGCCCAUUGCCGCUACGCUUCCAUAGACCUCUUGAACAGCAUGGAGACGAAUGCACCCAGCGGGAUUGGCGUUUCGCUAGACGCUCCCAACACGAUCGCUUGGUCUUGCACUCGUGUGAAGCAGAUAAAACCGAUUUCGUCGUGUCCUGCAUCGCAUGCGGACUCUUCAGGAACGAACGACGCACGUGGUGUGUCCACUGCGCGUUAUGGCAGCUGUCUCGACAAUGCCACCGAAAGUUAUGCUCAAAACAACAUGAAAAGCAAUCUGAUACAACGAAACAGCAUGGUAUGCAAGCUCUGCAGCUCUACGGGAGACAUGUCCGGCAGUGUUUCAGAGGACAUGCUGGGCCAAGUGCAGAAAAAUUGUGUUGCACUGCGCAAAAGCUUGGAAACUUGUUGCAACGGCAUGGCGUAUAAGCAUACCAUCGUACAGCAGCGCAAGCAGAAGCACCCGUUACAACAGAAAACUUUGUACAGUUUUUCCGGAAACAGCGCUGACUCUUUUAUGAACGUCGAUAGCAGAGAGAAGAUUGACGUCCGUGCAAGAAAUUCAUGCAUCGAUUCCAGCACGGGUUCGAAUGUUUCUAGUUUGCUUAACAUUGACUCCCCACAUUCGCCGCCACGAGCAACAAGCCCUACGGCGGAGGUACGUGAGUUGCUGGAGCAGAUACGACAGUUGCACGACGACCGGGAAGAACACGGUCAGGGUCAACAUAACGCUGGAGACGUACACGGGGCAAUAGCACCAUCGGUAGACAACGGUGGCGUGACGUGCAUUAGCCCCCCGCUUAAGCCAACCCUCAGACGGCCUUCUUCGCUCAUCGGCAGGCGAGGUAAACUGUUCUCUAAGCCCUUGGUGCACUGCACACCUACGGCAUCCGCGGGUAACAGCAGAGCCAUGUAUAUGCCGGUGGCGGCGACAGCGAACGCGUCAUUGGCUACUAGGUAUUCGCUGCGCAGCCCUAUAUCCAUGUCGACCGUGGCCAGCAACUUCUUGCACCGAGGGCGUACUCGCUACAGCUGGUUGUCGAAAUCGGCUCCAGCAACACCUGGGACAACCGGACCGGGCAGUAUGGUCGGCGGGUCACUCGGUGACAAUAAACCGCUCCUGCUAAACGAACAGGAUGAGGAUGGUGAGCACAAUGUUUAG